GUGGGGUUCAGUGAGCGAUAUUAUCUUCACUCACAUCGGAUCUGACACGAACCACAAGGCUUAGCCCUCACAAGCCUUAGCUCACAAUGGAGAAAGAGCGGUGGGAGCCUGUGGAGCAGGAGAAAAAGCACUUGGACCACCCAGUGGACUUGGAGGAAAUGGACUCGGAGCCAGUGGACGAUGAGCUGCGAAGCCUUCAGGAGCUGUUGGAGCUGUUGGCGAAAAAGCACUCGGACCAGCCAGUGGACUUGGAGGAAAUGGACUCGGACUCGGAGCCAGUGGAGGAUGAGCUGCCAGUGGACAAGAACUCGGUGCCAACCAUUGAGGAGUUCUUGGAGAUGUUGGAGCAGGACUGUGCCAGGAGGAAGGAAGAAACUGACAGGCUGCGGGAGGCAAACAGACUCUUGUAAGUACGUGGGCGAGAGGGAGGGAAGCUUGAGGGAGCCUAGCGACGCAUUCACGCACGUCUUGUAAUCGAUAUCUGUCAUUCUCUCAGUGACCUGUACGGGCCAAUGGCCACCUUGUUGGAGAAGAAGGGGAGUGGUUUGUAUGGCUGGCAGCAUCUUCUCAACGGUGAUGUCCUCGUGGCGAUCGGGAUUCGGUCGCCCCCGUGGACCGAACAAGGGAAGAAGGACGUGUGAGUGGACCGCGUUAACGCGUAGACCUUUGCCGCGCACAGAUCGUACCACGGGAUGACGUGUGCGUGUUAUGUAUCGCGAGCCAGGCUGCCUGCAUGGAGCAGACAACGCAGGAAGGUGUUCACGAGCGGGACUCGUUUUUCGAUGGAAUAUUUGUAUUUGAUCAUGAUGGACCGAGGGAAGGGUGACAGACAUCGGUGUGUAUGGUUGGUAGGGUGUACAAAACCAAACAGC